GUGUAUUUGCCGUCUACACUCUACACGAUUCAGAUACAUUUCAUCUCCAUGAAUAGACGUGCUGCUGCCGCGAUCGUCGCGAUAUGUGUUUCCAUUAAAAUGCGUCGGCGUAAAAAGAGAUCUAUCUGGGUUAAAGAUUGGAUUAAAAGAAGAGCGCAGCUAGGGGCAUAUAACCAAUUGUUGACUGAAUUGAAAAACGAAGAUCCAGAAUGUUUUAAAAACUUUCUUCGGAUGACACACGACGAUUUCCAAUAUUUAUGUAACAAGAUUUCACCUGCGAUUAAGAAGCAAGAUACGAAUAUGAGACUAGCUAUUAGUGUAGAAGAACGUUUGGCGAUAACAUUAAGAUUUUUGCCAUCAGGAGAUUCGUAUCGAUCGCUCCCAUACCAAUUUCGGGUACCACAACAAACUAUCUCCAAAAUAAUACCAGAAUGCUGCGAUGCUAUCUAUAGAUGUUUAAAACCAGAUUACAUGGAGGUACCUUCAUCUGAAGAAUGCUGGGAAAAAAAUUCAGAAGAUUUCAAAAACAAAUGGAAUUUUCCAAAUGCUCUUGGAGCACUAGAUGGAAAGCACGUGGUCAUAAAAGUACCCCAACAUAGUGGGAACGUGUACUAUAAUUAUAAAGGUACAUUCAGCAUUGCGUUAAUGGCAUUAGUUGAUGCCAAUUACAAAUUUAUUUACACAGACAUAGGAUGCGAAGGGAGAAUCUCCGACCAAAUAUGUACCCUAUGUCAUUAUAGCUGAUGAUGCUUUUCCAUUGAAGGCUUAUCUUAUGAAACCUUUUCGUAAUCAACCUGGUCCUAAUCGUGUUUAUAACUACAGACUGUCGAGAGCUCGACGAGUGGUAGAAAAUGCGUUUGGUUUACUUGCAAACAGAUUUAGAAUAUUAAGGAAACCUAUAGAAUUAUGUCCUGAAAAAGUUAUAAAACUUGUAUCUGCAAUCUGCGUGUUGCAUAACUUUCUCUUGGAACGGAAUUCAAGGCAUGUGUAUGCACCACAAGGCACCUUCGACGAGGAAAUUGAUGGUGUAGUAACUCCUGGCAGUUGGAGACAAGAUCCCCCUCCGGAAAAUGUAUUGUUUUCAAAUAGACCAGUGGGAUCCAACAUGUCUAAUGAAAGUAAAGAAAUCCGUGAAGAAUAUACAGAAUAUUUUGUACCUCCUGAAGGCGAAGUUAGCUGGCAGUACAGAUACAUAAGUGGAA